AUGAGCCCAACAAACGAUGCAACUUUGAUUAUGACAUUAACGCGAACAGCAACUUUAUCAUCGGAGUCAUCGGAUUCAAAUGGUGCCUACUUGUCGUGGGCAGUUUCCACCCUCACCACCCAAAUGGUGGUUUCUAGCGCAGUUACUUACUCGAUUUCACCAACAGCUACAACUACACAAAAGAGAACAACCUUACAGAGUGCGCCAACACCGACUUCAUCCUUGCUGCCUACUACUAGCCUAGAAUCGCGACAAUCGUCUUCACCUUCAGCAUCGCACAUCAGCACAAGUGCAGCAUCAGAUAUAUCAUCAGGCUUGCAAUUUAACGAUAUUCCAACUUCCAACUCUACUCAGGUUGGCGUUGCGGUAGGUGUCCCUAUUGCCAUAUUUGCUGUAUUUUUUGUUGCUAUGGCUGUGUGGUACUUUCUUCGGUUGCGAAGAUCGAAGCGUGAAUUUAAUCAGGACAACGUUGUUACUACAAGCGCCAAGCCUAUUCUUCUGAACCAAAAUUAUUCGAGACCCAGUUGGGAAACAUUGACGGAAAAGCCGUACCCCGUAGUCUUCUCUCCAACCAAUUACUUGCAUCCCGAUAAAGAGUAUCAAGUUUAUGAGCAACACCAGCCCCACCAGGCUUCAAAUCUAAAGCAACAAUUGAAUCGUUUGAGUCGACUAUGGCCAGCAAGGGAUAAAGAACAAGAACUCCUGUCUCAGGAGCAGCCUAGUUUACUUAAGCGCAUGUCUGUUAUGACACCGGUUUUUUUGAAAAAAUUCAACAUAAGUAAUGGGUCUGGAGCCAAUAGGGAAGUCAUCAAGUCACAAGUUCUAGAUGUUGCAGGAAGUAAAGGACCAAACUAUAUUGCAUCCAACAAUGAACCUCACUUUGGUCUCAAAACAGUUGGAAACAGACAAGCUUCCUCAAGGAUGAAUAUGUACACGGUAACUACGCCGUAUACCAAGAGUCUUGACGAUGAGUUGACGAUACGUAUUGGAGAUAAAUGCACACUACUUGAAAAAUACAGCGACGGGUGGUGCAAAAUUCGACUUCUGAGGAAAAAUGGCAUUGAAUUGGAUGAUUCAGAGCAAAAAAUCGGGUUGGUUCCAUUGAUGUGUUUAGAGGGUAUAUAG